GUCAGACGAUGAACUACGUGGGCCAGUUGGCAGGCCAGGUGUUCGUCCAGGUCAAAGAGCUGUACCGAGGCCUUAAUCCAGCCACCCUUUCCGGCUGCAUUGACGUCAUCGUAGUGAGACAGCCCGAUGGAUCCCUGCAGUGCUCACCUUUCCACGUUCGCUUCGGCAAGAUGGGGGUCCUCCGAUCCCGGGAGAAAGUGGUGGACAUGGAGAUCAAUGGCGAACCAGUGGAUCUACAUAUGAAGCUUGGGGACAACGGAGAAGCAUUCUUUGUGCGAGAAACAGAAAAUGAUCGGGAAGUGGUUCCCUCCUACCUGGCCACCUCUCCAAUCUUGUCGGACGGGGCCAUCCUGAUGAGCUCCUCCCUGAUGGGGAAGGGCUCCCAAGGGCCGCCCAUACAGACCCUGGGCUCCACGGGGAGCGCUGGAGAGACUGGCGGUGGGAUGAUGAAGAAGAGGAGGAAGAGGAGGAGGAAGGUUCGGCCGGACAGCGUGAGGAGGGAGGAGAGCGGGGACUACUCCGAGGACGAAGACAUGUUCACCAUAGACAUCAGCUCAGAUGAAAUGACGGGGAUGGGCAGCAACAGGACUUCAUCUCGGGAUGUUUUAAGAGAUGAGACGACAGUCGCUUCGACCGGCGGCUCUUUCAAACAGACUGGCAUCUACACUCGUUCAGACGGAGACUGGAGCCCCGUUCAGAGCCCUGGAAACUCUCGUCCCACGUCUCCCAAGAGCGACUCGGAGCUAUUGACCAAGCCGUCCGACAAUCAGAAUCCAGCCAUGCUCUGGGCGUGGGGAGAGCUGCCGCAAGCUGCCACACUGUCUUUCCUCUCGAUGAAACCCAUCCCCGUGUCAGAAAGCACACACUUCCGCGUGAUAACUCACGAGACGUCGUCGGAACAGUGCGGAUCCUGCUCUGAAAUAUCAGCACUCACCUUGCUGAUGCCAGAGGAGACCAGUGAGGAAACAGUUGGGAUGGAGUCAGAGUCCCAGACAGCUGAAGGAGUGGAGGCUCACAUGAUGUCUGACGUGGAGGAGACGACGCCUCAUCCGCCGGGCAAGACGGACUCUCCAUCCAAGAGAAAAGACAAGAGAAGCCGCCAUCUUGGUUCUGAUGGAAUUUACCUGGAUGACAUCACAGAGCUCGAGCCUGAAGUGGCGGCCCUUUAUUUCCCUAAGAGUGACGGUGGUGCGGCGGUGCGGAGCAUCUCAGACCCGGGCCUCCACAGCAGCAGUUUGUCCCCACAGUCAGUCAGCUCUGGAGGAGACAGCGGAGUAGACAGCUACUGCGACCCCUUGUCCGACAUGCCGACCAUCGGCAUCUCUUUGUGCGGAGGACUCAAUGACAACAGGGAGAUCACUAAAGAGCAGUUCCAUGAGAAGGUCAUCUCUUACCAGCAGUUUUCGGAAAACCCCUCCAUCAUCGACGACCCCAACUUGGUCGUGAAAAUCGGCUCCAAAUACUAUAAUUGGAGCUCUGCGGCUCCACUUAUGCUGGCUUUGCAAGCGUUUCAGAAACCUCUGCCAAAGGCUGCAGUGGAGAACAUCAUAAAGGAGAAGAUGCCCAAGAAAGGAGGGAGGUGGUGGUUCUCCUGGCGAGGCAGAAACAGCAGCACCAAAUCGGAUUCCGUCUCUGAGCGUGAGGCCUGCGGUUAUCCUGAGCAGGCUGGGAAAAUGUCAAGCAGACACAAACAAGAUUCAUCCUCGAGUGACGAAGACCACAGGGCAGCCAUACAGAGCUCUGCCUCCAUCCAAUCAGAGCCUGGCCUCACACCAGGAGGCGUGUCUUAUAAGAAAACACUCCGACUCACAUCAGAGCAGCUGCUGUCUCUCCAGCUGCAGGACGGUCCUAACGAUGUUGUGUUCAGUGUGACUACUCAGUACCAGGGAACGUGUCGCUGUCAGGGCACCAUCUACCUCUGGAACUGGGACGACAAGAUCAUUAUCUCUGACAUAGAUGGAACCAUCACCAGGUCGGAUACACUGGGUCAUAUCCUGCCCACUCUUGGGAAAGACUGGACCCACCAGGGCAUCGCACACCUCUACCACAAAGUCAGCCAAAAUGGCUACAAGUUCAUGUACUGUUCCGCUCGAGCUAUCGGCAUGGCCGACAUGACCAGAGGUUACCUCCACUGGGUCAACGAGAGAGGCACCAUGCUUCCCAUGGGCCCCGUCCUUCUCAGCCCCAGCAGCCUCUUUUCAGCUCUGCACAGGGAGGUGAUUGAGAAGAAACCGGAGAAAUUCAAGGUGGAGUGUCUCAACGACAUCAGGAACCUCUUCUACCCCAACACACAGCCGUUCUAUGCAGCGUUUGGCAACAGACCAACGGAUGUAUAUUCCUAUAAAGAAGUAGGAGUGCCACUGAACAGGAUUUUUACUGUAAACCCUAAAGGCGAGCUUGUGCAGGAGCAUGCCAAGACCAACAUCUCAUCUUACGUCCGUCUGGGCGAGGUGGUGGACCACGUGUUCCCUCUGAUGAUGCGAGCCUCCUCCUCAGACUUCCCCUGCUCGGACACCUACAGCCACUUCACCUACUGGAGGCAGCAGCUCCCCCGGGUGGAACAUCAGGGUACUACACCUCCACCGACUCCCCGCCUCGGCAGCUGACUACCCGUGGCCUGCUGAGCACUGACUGACCGAUGGAGUGACGGUUACACGUGCGAUGGUGUGACGGUUGCACGUGCGAUUUGAAUUUGUAGAUUUUUGUAGAAGAUGGAGCACUUUGAUCGCACAGCAGAGAGCUACUUGAGUAGGUUAAAUCUGCUGUGAAUACUAUUAUAACGCACAAGGAUGUAAGCGCACUUUUAUGAGAAGAUGGCCUCUGUAGCCUUCUGACUAGACUAGACGUAUAUAUAUGAGAAAUUAUUUUUAUUUAUUCAGGCAGCUUAGCACAUAUAUUAUUUUUGAGUGAGUGUUGACAUUAUUUCAGUAGCUAGACUUUCUAGGCUAUUUAUGCAGACAGUUGCAUACCGUAUUUAUGGCAUCUGUGCGUCACACAGAACAAAGCCACACUGUGCACACGUCACAGAGCAAGUUACUUCAACUUGUGCCAAAUGCUCCAUGCAGAAUUUAUUUUCUUACUCUGAAUUUUUUUAUCAAGACUGUUACAGAUCCUCAAUCAGCAUGGAAAUGCAUAUAUAUAUAUAUAUAUAUAUAUAUAUAUAUAGGCUAAUUUUACUCUAUAGCAACAUAUGUGUGCGUGCAAUGUAACGUAUUAUUCUGUUUGAAAGAAAUCAGUCAGGUCAGUAUUAGUUACAGAGUACGUAAAGGGAGACAUUACAGGUGAACAGGAUGAAAUAUUUAAACCAAUAGAUAUCACCAUGAAACUUUACUGACAUUAAGACAAUUAUUUUUUUGUAUUAUACGUUUUCUGAAAUGUUAUGUUUAAAUAUGCAAAUGAGGCAUUAAGUAACGGUAGCCUUUGGUGAAUUUAGGAGAAAUCUACAGACUCAAAUAGACAAAAUACCUAAAUGUGUAUUUUGGAUGUUUUCUUUACUCUAGUCUGAAAGAAGAAAAGUUAUAAAUGCAAAAAAGUCCAAACUCUGAAAUUGACCAGUGCUUAAAAAAUGUAUACUUUUGCCUGUAGUGUAUCGCCUUAAAUGAAUUACAGAGCACAAUGAAUGAAUGAACGUCUGUGUAGCUCCACAUAAUCCUGAGGGUACUUUAUAAAGACGGUUCAGAAUGAAUGUUUAUUGUUGAAGCAAAGUAAUCCUGACAGGAGAACAGAAAGCACAACAUCUUUAAUGGUCAGAAUAACUAUCAGUUUUCUCUAAAAAGAAAAUCAAAGAAAAAUUGCUGAAUCCUUUUUAUUUUUCUAUUGAAAUUACACAAUAUGUGUUGUGAUCAAAAUGUCCUUUCUGUGGUGGGCUUCAUGAAACACCUUUUAAUGUAUCCAGUUACGUCUAUGUGACUGUUACAUGUUCCUCUGUGUAAGUUUUAUGUUUGUUUCCAUAAAUGCCAUUAAGUAUAUUUUAUUUAUUCAUCUGAUUACAUACUGACUGAUAUAAAAUGUAGCUUACAUUAUAUUAUAUAUUACUCAUUGGUUCUUUCACUGCAAGACCCCAAGUCUGAAACUGUUACACACUUGAAAAGUGAUCUUUAUUUCUUACAAUACCACAGAUAACCUGAGUUCAUACAUGUAUGAGCAGGAGCUGCUAUCAUGGUGAGCUGCCGAAUGUAUCAGUGGUUUUACUGUGAACACAACAGUAUCAUUGUAUUGAGUAAGCGUGUUUGUGAAAGAGGAUGUGCAUAUAAUGCUUUAUUAUUCUUUCCAUGAAAGAGCUAAAAUAGCCUAAAAGCGUAUUAUAUUUGCCUUAACUGUGAACAAUAUGAUCAAUAAGUUGUUCAUUUAUUCCCUCCGUCCCUUCUCUUGACCAGUUCACUGUUAAAAUGAUGUAACAAACUCAAUAAAAAAAAGCCUUGGUACAGCAGUGAGUGUGUGUCAAUAUCCACCGACCCCUGUAUUAACUUUCAGCAUGACAACUCUUCAUUCACCUGAAUACAGAGAUGGAAGAAGUAUUCAGAUCCUUUACUCCAGUAAAAGUACUAAUACCACACUAUGAAAAUACUCUACUACAAGUAAAAGUCCUGCAUUCAAAACCUUACUUACGUAA